GGCGGCGGCGAGAAGGGAGAGGCGAGCCCCCGGUGAGCCUGAGCCUCCGAGAUGGAGGCCUCGGAGCGGGACCCGGCCAGGAACGACACCUUCCCUCCGACGCUGAGCCCGGCCGUGCCUCCCUUCGUGAAGCUGGGGCUGACGCUGGUCUACACGGUCUUCUACUCCGUCCUCUUCCUCUUCGUCUACGCGCAGCUCUGGCUGGUCCUCCACUACCGGCACAAGCGCCUCAGCUACCAGACGGUCUUCCUCUUCCUCUGCCUGCUCUGGGCCUCCCUGCGGGCGGUGCUCUUCUCCUUCUACUUCAAGGACUUCGUGGCCGCCAACUCCCUCGGCCCCUUCGCCUUCUGGCUCCUCUACUGCUUCCCCGUCUGCCUCCAGUUCUUCACCCUCACCCUCCUGAACCUCUACUUCACCCAGGUGAUUUUCAAAGCUAAAUCAAAGUAUUCCCCAGAGCUACUUAAAUACAGGUUGCCUCUCUACUUAGUUUCUUUCUUUGUCAGCCUGCUUUUCCUCUUGGUGAAUCUUACUUGCGCCGUGCUUGUGAGAAUAGAGAAUUCAGAAAGGAAAGUCAUCGUACUGGUGAGGGUUGCAAUAAACGACACGUUGUUUGUGCUGUGUGCCAUCUCACUCUCCAUUUGUCUCUACAAGAUUUCCAAGAUGUCCUUAGCAAAUAUUUACUUGGAAUCCAAGGGUUCAUCUGUAUGUCAACUGACAACUAUAGGAGUGAUUGUUAUACUACUUUAUACCUCAAGAGCGUGUUACAACCUGGUCAUUUUGUCACUUUCUCAAAGGAAGACAGUGAACUCUUUUGAUUAUGAUUGGUACAAUGUAUCUGAUCAGGCAAAUCUGAAGUGCCAGCUGGGUGAUGCUGGAUAUAUAGUAUUCGGAAUAAUACUUUUUAUUUGGGAGCUCCUGCCUACUUCCUUAGUGGUGUUUUUCUUUCGUGUUCGAAACCCUACAAAAGACCUAACAAACCCAGGAAUAGUACCAUCUCAUGCAUUCAAUCCAAGAUCUUACUUCUUUGACAAUCCUCGCAGAUAUGACAGUGAUGAUGAUUUGGCAUGGAGCAUAUCACCACAUAGCAUCCAUGGCAGCUUCUCCCCUGAAUACUAUGACUGGGGACAUCAAAGCAAUAGUUUCAUGCCUCACGCUGGAUCUCUGCAGCAUGAUUAUAUAUCAGAGACUGAACGACCAAGCCCAGUGUAACACCAAACCAUUUCUAAUUUCGCUUUUAUUGAGCAUAAGGAAUGGAGCACAAGUUACACAGGCUUUGCACAGUGCAUGGAAAAGUGUAGGAGGAGAAAAAAAUCUACUUUAUAAUGCCACACAAUAGUUAUUUUUCUGUGGCAAGAUAUGGCAUUCCGGCUGUGAUCCUGCAAAGUUUUCCAUGUUCGCUUAAAUUAUACAUAGGAAAACUCUUACUGAAGUCAGUAAAUCCUCAUUUCUAGUGAAGACUAAACAGGAGAACUGCUGCUGAAAUCAAUGUCUCCUUGUGCAACAAAGCUUAAAUACAAGAGUUUUUACAAGGUUGUAGCUUCAGGGAAAAAAUUGUAUUAUUUUUAUGUGAAAGAUACUGUAUUUGAUAUACAGGAUCUUUUUCUUACAUUGUCACUUUUUAUAUGUACAGAAUUAAUUACAUUUUAACACUGAUUUCACUUUAUAAACUAUAAACUCGAGCAUUCCUUAUCCAGAAUUCUCCAAUACUCCAAAAUUGUCCACAUGUGUGACUGCAAUAGUGGCACCUUUGCUAAGGCUUCAGUGUACACAAACUUUGCAUUAUGCACAAAAUUAUUAACAUUUUAUAUAAUGUGCCUAUGAAACAAAAGAAUUUUGUGGUUAGACUUCAGUGUCAUCUCCAAGACAGUUCAUCAUGUAUAUGUAUGCAAAUAAAGGUAUUACAAAACACAUCAAGACCCAAGUAUUUUGGAUAAGAGAUACUCAUCUUGUAUAGUGUACAGUAUAAUUGUUGUGCUGGUGCAAACUGUGAGCAUCUCAUCAAGUCUUUUGACCAGUGUCAGUAUACAAAUAUAAUUCAUUAAAAUUCUUGUUCCAGCAA